GUCCAUUCUCUUACACUGUCCCGCCUGCGACAUCUGCCAGCGAGGGUUGACAGAACAUGCCCUGGUGCGGCGCCCAUGUGCCUCGCAGCGACAAGCGGAGACGAUGUAGCCAUGCGAGGCAAAACGGCAGUUGACAGCUCCUGUCCCGUAUCUGGCCCAUGUGGUUUGCACACCAGCAUUUGCUUUCUUUUAAAGAUGGCUGCCCUUCCGCACCCCAGGCUUGGUAUCCUUUGACGGAGCAGAGACAGCGGCUUCUCAUUUGGCUUCAAGAAAGUUUGUUCUUUCUCUCUUGUUCACCGCAAAGACUCGGUUUCCCGCCUGUUGCUUCCCUCCUCCAUAGUCUGUCUCAUCAUCCACUCAGGCACAGUCCCAGUGGACACCAAUAGCCUUCACUCGCGCCUUUCCCACCCCCUCUGGAUUCACUGAAACACUGUUCUUCUGGUGUGAGAUCUGUGGUUCGGCUCCAGGCACCACCACUGCCGUACACGACCGCUUGGUUGUCCCAGGGCGGCUCCUGCGUCCGAAAACAGAGAGGUCCAGAGCUACCUAGCUAUCCUAGCGCCAGAGUCACCAGCCGACGAGCUUCACGAGCUUAGUCCGUCCUCAGCAGCUGCCUCUAGCGCCAUACUUCGUCCGAUGGCCGGGGUCCAAAGCAUUGCGCCAUAUUGAGAGCCAGUCACCGCCAUGACCUUCGGGUUCGCACUCGACAAUUCCUAGUACUGGACAGCAGGCUGCGCUGUAAAGCCUCCCGAGGUCCUCUCGACCCAUAAAACCCCCCUAACAAACCUAACCUCUCUCUACACUCAUACUUGACCAUGUACAACACCAAUAUGGACCCCUCACAGCCCUACCGAGACUCAAGCUCAGAACGGAAAGCAAUGUCUCAUCGGAGGACGCAUAGUGUCGAUAGCGAAGCCACUAUCAGCGGUGACUCCGAGCCCCUCAUACAGAAGAGCGGUACCGGUGUUGACUCGGAAUACUCUGGCCAUCAGAUUUACACAGGAUGCGGGCCGUGCAAAAGGAGAAGAAGAUGGAUGUCUCUGCUGCUGUUCGGGCUGCCCAGCCUGGUGUUGGCCAUGCUGUUGGCAUUAGAUGUCCUGCUCCGGCUGGGCUGGGACUCAUGGGUCGAGGAAGACAGUGCGGGUGAAGAGUUCUGCAAGUGGGGAGGGGCAGGUACCGGGACAGAAGCCAUGUCCUGGUACCCAACCGACUUCCUACAAGAUGUGAUACCAAAACAGAUACACUCACACAACGAUUACUGGCGCAAAGUGCCGCUCUUCACGGCCCUCAAACAGGGCUGCAUGAGCGUCGAGGCCGACGUGUGGCUGUUCGACGACCCAGAUCGAAAAGACCAGCUCUACGUCGGCCACAGCAAGUCGGCCCUACAACCGUACCGGACCUUCCAAUCACUCUACAUCCAGCCUCUGGUCGACAUACUAGAACGACAGAACCCACAAACAGACUUCUACAAUGGCACCAGCAAUGGUGUGUACGACGCUGCGCCCGGUCAGACACUCACUCUCCUCGUGGAUGUCAAAACCGACGGCGCAAACACAUGGCCCAAGGUCGUCGAACAGCUCCAGCCCCUCAGGGAACGGGGGUGGCUCACUCACUUCGCCAACGGCACAAUACACGAGAGGGCCAUCACCGUUGUGGGCACGGGGAACACCCCUUUCGACCUCGUGGCAGGAAAUGACACCUAUCGCGACUAUUUCUUCGAUGCGCCGCUCGACCGCCUAGCCGAUUCCCCAUACGACUCGACAAACUCGUAUUUCGCGAGUGUCUCAUUUGGGUCAACGAUCGGUAGCGCCUGGAUGGGGAAGAUGAGCAGGGAGCAGACCCGGAGGAUCAGGCUGCAGGUGCAGCAGGCGCACGCGAGGGGGCUGAAGGCACGAUACUGGGACAUUCCGGAGUGGCCAGUCAACAGGCGCAACCGCAUCUGGGACCUGCUGGUUGAGGAGGGGGUCGACCUGCUGAACGCGGAUAAUGUUAAGGCCGCCGCCAGGCGGAACUGGAAGUACUAGUCGCUACUUUCAUUUGAUCCAUUUGCGAUGACCUGCAACCUUGGAACGGCCUGGCGGGUAGCCAUCGGCCUCAGUGUGCCUGUGGAGAACGGGCUGUGUACAUAAAGUCUAAUUCGGUCAUAUUGGGUACCUCAUCCUAGGAUCCACAAAAUUCAUCUCAAAUCCCUUUUG